AUGCGGAAGGGUGCAAGAGAAAAAGGAGUAAACAAGGAAGGAGAAAAAUGGUCUAGAGAAGUCCAGCACAAUAUUGAAAUGACGACCAUCCUCCCUCCGCUCAACCUGAGCAGCAUAUCGGAGAACAAGACACAGGAGGAAGAAGAAGAGGAGGAAGGGGAGGAACAAAACCUGAGCACUCUCCCCUUCCAUGAGACCUACUACCAGCGAGCUCACCAUGAUGUUCCGCUGGUCAUGGACCAGCUGGACACCAGGAAUGGGAUGAGGAUAUGGAUGAACGACUCGCGCGUGCAUGAGGCGAUGAGGGGCAAGUACGACAUCAGGCCCAAGACUCCUCUAGAGAUUCGUUUCCAGCGAGCUGGUAUGAAGAGUGCCAGAUACGACUCCAUCCCGUCGCAGCCUUAUCUCUUCCAAAUCACUUGCGCCCGCCUGCAACGUAGCAACAAGUCGAUCGAAUGCGACCCAAUGUGCAUCGUGCUGAGAAAGGGGACUGACGCGCUCGACGACGAGUGGAACGAAGUCUUCAGGACAGAACGUGUGGAGAACAACUCCAACCCGCACUUCGAGAGGAAGUUCGUGGUCAACUUUCAUCGUGCGAGGACGUACCGGGGUGUGGAGGAGCAGAAAGUUCGGUUCAUCAUCGUCGACGACGAGUACGCCUGGAAGCCUUCAAAGACGCUCACUUGGAAAAAUCACGCCAUCGCAACCAUCGAAACGACCCUAGAUGAGAUAGUGGAUGCGAACGAGAUCGGUCCGAGCAAUGUCUUCUCGGUGCCUCUAGAGGAGCCGGAGAAGAAGAAGGUGCGAUAUGGAACGACGCAGGACUUUGGGAAUAUCAUCAUACACGCCAAAAAGAUCGACUUCUUCAUCAAGUGCAGGCCCAACGGUGCACAGGCGGUGGUAGAUAGGGAGAUCCCAAUCUAUCGCCCAAGAGUUGACCGAUGGAUUGAUCAGUUCACAUCGCACGCUCUUGUUCUCUUCGAGAAGUUUGCCGCCCUCGGUCAAGCUCACGCGACAGAAAGCAGCCGGUCAAGCACUCUCGACACCCAGGAGUUUCUCAGUCUCCUGACAAGUCUGGGAGUUCUUGUGAUGGGAUCAGUGGAGAACGUCGAUAUAGGCAUACAAACUCAGCGGUUCGAUCGCAAACUUGGCCAGAUCACGAAGACAAACGCCUUCUCCAUCUUCCAAAUGCACGGCUCCAGCGAAGCUACCAAAGGGACAAUGGAACUUGACUUCGACACUUUCCGGAAAUGUGUCUUGGACAUUGCAGCCUUGUUGAAGCAGAACAUAGAGUCGAAGCACGCAACGUCACUGCACGGGCGUUCGUUGAAGGAAGUUCGCACUGUUGCAGGCCAGAGGCAACAGGAGGAGCAGGAUGAAGCCACGACGUCGGAGAAUCCGACGGGCAGCUCCCACAAGAAGCACCCGACGACCCCGAGGAGGUUGACCAUGAAUGCGCGAGAGCUCUGGAGCAAGGCUGAGACUGUUGGUAGAACUGGAACUGAGAUUGAAGAAAAUUUCAGCAACUCAUUGAUUGAUGGGAUCUACAAGUACGUCAAUGGGAACGAUAUCACGACCUCCCUCCGGGCCUCAAAGAUUUUCCUCCGCCUCUGUCGCGCGGCGAACGCCAAGGGAGAAGUAUGGCAGUGCUUCAGGUUUGACAGCAAAGUCGUCAACCUACGAGAAGCCUUCUGCAACUCAGCGUACAACUCCAACGAGCUUGUCCAUGGUAUCGUCCUUUUCUUCAACGAUCUCAUUAUGGACAAGUUCGAGUUUGGACCAUCCGUCCCGAGCCUCAACAGCCUUUCUCAAGACUCGGUCAAGUCGGUUGCCAACCCGCCGCAGUCUCCGCAUCCUCCCUCUCUUCCUGCCCCUGCUCCUCCCUCUCAGAUCCGGUCGGGGGGGGUCAAGCAAGGUAUCCAUCAGCUCAAGUGCAACAUACUCGAGUCCUUCACUGUGAUGCUCAACGCCCCCAACAGCCUCAACCACUACUACCUCGAGGGCCUCCUCCUUUCCGGCCUCUUCGAAACCAUCGCCGACAGGUUCGAGGGGAGGGGAGCGGAGGGCACAGACGACGAGGACUUGUACGAGCUCCGCUGUAUCGUCAAGAUGGUCACAACAGUAGCGGAGAAGGGAAGAGAUCGACUGCCCCCGCGUACCAUCCGCACUGCGGUGCAGGCAAUGCAGCGAGCAAUUAAGGUCGUACCGUUCUGCUGGAUGCAAGAGGAGGCCCUCUGCAUGCUGGCUGAGAUCGGGAGGUACUGUCAGUUCAAGGCUGGAGACCAGGUCGUUCGUCAGGGAGAUGCGAAUGUGGCGGGUUACCUCGUCAUCUCAGGAAGCUUGCAGACGGUGUACACAUCCCUUCGUCAUCACAAAGUCAAGAACCUGUCCAAGAUCAGAGCAGGAGACGCCUUCGGCUCCUUCGACCUCCGAGACGACGAGCCGUGGAGUGCUUCUGUGUUCGCCACGUCCUCCUGCAAUAUCCUCAAGAUCUCCAAAGUCGCCAUCACCCUCGUUGCUCAGCGGUUCCCAGACUUCCAGAAAGCCUUCCUCCGCUCCACUGGCAAGCCUCCUCCUCCUCCUCCUCCUCGCUCCCCUCCUCGCUCCCCUCCUCGCUCUCCCACUCGCACCUCUCCUCUUUCCUCCCCUCGCUCCCCCACUCGCUCCCCUGCUCGCCCCUCCCAUCAGCGCGCUGCCAGGGACGUGCAGGUCAAGGAACCGUCAGCCUCCUCUAGCCUGCCAGACAUCAUGGUGGAGAGGAAGAAGAUGCUGCGGUCAAUAUGCCGCAGGCAGGCGACAAACUUCGCCAAGCUCUGGCCGAGGUGCAAGUUCAUCCUGGAGAGCAUCAUCAACGAGAGGAAGAGCCUCAAGUUCUCGGUAACGGAGAUGGAGAAGAUCGAUCUCGUCCUCACCAUCCUCAUCUCCUCCGUCUACCCCCACGAGGUCGAGAGCAUCAACAACGUCGGCAUGCUCCUCCCCCUCCUCGACCUCAUGAAGCAUCAGAACCUGCACAUUUCCUCCCGUGCCGUCGUCGUGAUCUCGUGGAUCUGCGAUCACUCCACCAUCCGCAAGAAGAUGGCAGGGGCUCUGCACCAGCCGCCCGCCUCCUCCCUCAUGGAAUGUCUGCUCUCAAGGAUCAACUCUAGAGUCCACGAGAUGUCGGACAACGUGCUGAAGUCGCUCAAUAGCCUGCUGCAGGAGAAACCCUUCGCCCUCGAGCUUCUCAGCAACAACCUGGUGUGGAAGGUUCUUUCUUCCCUGUCCUCCUUCACUCAGUGGGCCGAGCAAGACGAGACUUUCUCCAACAGUCGAGGGGCGGAGCUGAGCCUGACGGUCCUGAGAUCAUGCGCCAAGUUCGAGGAGGGGGCCCAGGAGCUGGUCAAGAACAACGUGGUGGAGGCUUUGGAGGAUAUCUUCAGGAGAAUGAAAAGUCCGAUGAAUGUCAGACUUUGCGUGGAGCACAUCGAUCUCCUGCUGAGGACUAUCAUGAACACGAUGUCCAUCGAGUUUGGAACGUCUCCGAUCCAAGUAGCAAGGAGGAAAUUGUCUGUUUUCAUCCCCGAGACACCCAUGAUAACGAUCACGUACGAGCCGGGGAAGACUGUGGAGCCUGAUGACUUCAAAACAAGGGAUGUUUCCAGAGCCAAACUCUUGUUCAAAGACGUCAAUCUUCUCAUUCACAGGAUUCAAGCUGCUCAGGACUCCAUACGAGACAACGGCGAUGAACGGAGCCAUCGCCACAAGGCCCUGUCGUCAGGAAGACGUCUCACCCUAGCAAACGUGUUUGUGGAGGAGAUGAAAGGAGGCAGCAUGCAGUCCUCCGAGAUGCUCCCGGUGGACAAGGAGUAUUCCUUCGAGGAUCGCAAACGACACAUCUCUCGUCUGAUUGCCAUCGCCAUCGAUCAAGCGGGUAACCUUGACCUUGGUUGCUGCCCCUCCUCUCCUAGUCUUCUUUGGCUCUUCUCUUCUUCCUCCGUCUCUUCCUCCCCGCUUGCGAAGGUCGAUGCAACAGUUUCCACUGAUCGUCUCGGUUCAGAGGAGUCGUGGGAUAGCAACGUCGGUUGGCUCAUGGGCACACAAAACAACCGAGUCUCCAAGGCGCUCCUCGAGGAGUGGAAUUUGCUGCGCGAGUUGAGCCAUCGCCGGGCCAUCGCCGAAUCCAUCGUCAACGUCCUGUCGCAGGACGGGGACAAGAAGUCGAACCCUUCCGCCCGCUGGCGACUCACACCAGUCGCUCUCUGCGCGCUGGAACGGGUGGACACGACUCUGUCAGUCUUCGAGGUCCAGCUUGCUGGGCAGAGGGAGUCAGAUCAGGCGCUGGAGAAGCUGGGCGUUCGACGGAAGCGCAGUUAUUGGAACGCUCGCAAGAGCCUUACCAACGAUCUUCUGAUCGCAUUGAGUCCUGUCCGAGCUGGGCAAGAGCUGGCAAGGGCAAUCAACAUCUUCCUCAACCUGAUUCAGCGCCACUCGUCGCCCAUUGAGCGAUUCCGGGCCGCGAGUCGUGCGGUGUUAGCGAUCGUUCGGAUCAGCAAGAGCGCUCAGACUGUAAAAGCCAUGAGGAUCGUUCUGGAAGGGGAGGCCAUGGAGAAAGCAGCGAUCAGUCUGCAGCGGAUUGCUCGGAAGUACAUGAAAUGGAAGAGAGAUGAGGCGGAGGAGGAGUCUGUUGUAAAUGCUUGUAACUAG